AGCCGCGCCGACCGGAGCGUGCGCCCCGCGACCGGGGGCGCCGUCCAGGCGCGCGCCCCCGACCCGCGACCGGACCGGGGCGAUUGGCGCCCCGCACCGACGCGCCCCUCAGCAUGGAGCGCCCCCGGGGGCUGCCCUGAGGCGGCGGCGGCGAUGCAGGCAGCGCGGCGGCUGCCGGGGCCAGGAACGGCCGCCCGGAGCUCGGAGGACGCGGAGCGCGCCGCGCCCGGGGCACUGACCGAGGGUCUUCCAGCCGCUGAGUCCUCUCCAGCUGGUGCCUGGGACAUGGCAGCCGCUGCUCGUGCAGCCUUGAAGACAGUCACUCGCCUGGUGAGCACCGUCACUUAGGAGACAGGAUUCCAGAGGAGCUGUCCCGCCUGGAGCCGGCCCGGGGGCGAGCUGGGGUCCCACCGCCCCCGCCCCCGGGAUGACCGCAUCUGGCCGUGCCAACCCCUACAGCAUCGUGUCGUCCGAGGAGGACGGGCUGCACCUGGUCACCAUGUCGGGCGCCAACGGCUUCGGCAAUGGCAAGGUGCACACUCGGCGCAGGUGCCGGAACCGCUUCGUCAAGAAGAACGGCCAGUGCAACAUCGAGUUCGCCAACAUGGACGAGAAGUCGCAGCGCUACCUGGCCGACAUGUUCACCACCUGCGUGGACAUCCGCUGGCGCUACAUGCUGCUCAUCUUCUCGCUGGCCUUCCUUGCCUCCUGGCUGCUGUUCGGCGUCAUCUUCUGGGUCAUCGCCGUGGCCCACGGGGACCUGGAGCCGGCCGAGGGCCGCGGCCGCACGCCCUGCGUGCUGCAGGUGCACGGCUUCAUGGCGGCCUUCCUCUUCUCCAUUGAGACGCAGACCACCAUCGGCUACGGGCUGCGCUGCGUGACCGAGGAGUGCCCGGUGGCCGUGUUCAUGGUGGUGGCACAGUCCAUCGUGGGCUGCAUCAUCGACUCCUUCAUGAUCGGCGCCAUCAUGGCCAAGAUGGCGCGGCCCAAGAAGCGCGCGCAGACGUUGCUGUUCAGCCACAACGCGGUAGUGGCGCUGCGCGACGGCAAGCUCUGCCUCAUGUGGCGCGUGGGCAACCUGCGCAAGAGCCACAUCGUGGAGGCCCACGUGCGGGCCCAGCUCAUCAAGCCCCGGGUCACGGAGGAGGGCGAGUACAUCCCGCUGGACCAGAUCGACAUCGACGUCGGCUUCGACAAGGGCCUGGACCGCAUCUUCCUGGUGUCGCCCAUCACCAUCCUGCACGAGAUCGACGAGGCCAGCCCGCUGUUUGGCAUCAGCCGGCAGGACCUGGAGACGGACGACUUUGAGAUUGUGGUCAUCCUGGAGGGCAUGGUGGAGGCUACGGCCAUGACCACACAGGCCCGCAGCUCCUACCUGGCCAACGAGAUCCUGUGGGGCCACCGCUUCGAGCCUGUCCUCUUCGAGGAGAAGAACCAGUACAAGAUCGACUACUCGCACUUCCACAAGACAUAUGAGGUGCCGUCCACGCCCCGCUGCAGCGCCAAGGACCUGGUGGAGAACAAGUUCCUGCUGCCCAGCGCCAACUCCUUCUGCUACGAGAACGAGCUGGCCUUCCUGAGCCGCGACGAGGAGGACGAGGCGGACGGAGAGCAGGACGGCCACGGCCCCCAGGCCAGGCGCGACUUUGACAGACCCCAGGCCGGCACCGCCCUCGAUCAGCGGCCCUACAGACGGGAGUCCGAGAUCUGAGCCGCCAGCGGCCAAGAAUAACAUUUUGAAAUGCACAAAAUGAAAUACCUCUGGUUGCAGAGGAAACCCAUCCUCGUGCAAAGCAGUUACCAAAAUACAAACGAAAAAAUUUGUGGGAUAUUAAUAACCACAUUUCCUCACUAACCGCUGAUGCCAGCUUCCUGGUGGUGAGCACAGCCUCACUGUCGGGGGUCCCAGAAAGUCACUGACGAAGAAACACCCCCAUUCUGCAGGCAGCAGAAUCGCCUCCAUCCAUAAACGAAGAGGACGGCAAAUUUCCAUUUGAGGUGAGCAACACGGAGAUGGACAUGUUUCUCGUCCCAGUACAUAUGCCCCCGGGUUUUCCCCUGAGCCCUGGUGGGCGUGCGGGCCCGGGUUCAGGCCCUGCAGGCCCAGUGGUUUGGAGACAGGCUUGCUGCUGUCAGGCAGGACAGGGGAACUUUGCUGACAGAGGCCCGAGAAUAAAUACCGUAGGCUUUGUGGCCGUGAGGUCUCUGGAAGCGGCGUGGCUCUGUUGUAGCAUGAAAGCAAACCCGUUAGUUAUUAGUUACUGUGUUCAAAUAAAACCUCAUUUAUGGACACUGACAUCCGAAUUUCAUAUAUUUUUCACAUGGCGCAAACUAUGACUCUUCCUUUGAUUCUGCCCCCAACCCACAAUCAUUAAAAAAAUGCAAAAACCAUUCUUAGCUAAAGGGCCAUACAGAAACAGGCCGUGGGCUACAUCAGAACCUCCCAGAGGGCUUCUUUAAACUCACAGCACCAUGAGUUCUGAUUCAUCUGGCCGGUGGCAGUCCCCAAAUGUGCAUUUCUAACAAGUUCCCAGGUGAUGUUAAGCAGUUAUGGGGGCCUCACCUUGAGAACUGCUGUUUUUCUGCCUGGGGGGAAGGAGCCCCAGAGGUUUGUGUGUUGACCCCCUGCUCUGGCUCUCUCACACGGUUAUAACCCAUUCCGGGUGUGAGUUUAGGUGGCCGGCGUUCCCUACAGAGGUGUCGAGCCGAGGUAGCCCCUCUCUGAUGUAGGAGAGGAAAAAGAUUGUUUUCCCGUCUAUCCUCCUAGGUCCUUCAGCUGGUACCCUGCAAAGUGGACUGACAAAAGACAGAUGAACAAGGGAAAAACAAGCAGAAGUUUAUCAACAUAUCCAUAGCACAUACACAUGGGAGAACUCAGUGAUGAGUGGCUGACAAGGAUGGUUAGAACUUAGAAUGUCAACAACGCUUUACAGAUGAGGAAACUGAGGCUCACGGAGAGGAAGGAGCGGGCCGGCCUCUCAGUGCUCAAGCCAGACCUCUGCACCUCGUUUCUGAUGCACCCUUUCUCUCCCUCACCUCCCACUCUAGUGCAAUACCCUGACCUUUAAAUUUUUAAAAUUUGUUUUCAGCCCCAAUACGUUUCUCCAUCCCGCUGCCACCACCCGUUCCAGGCCACUGUCCUCACUGACUUGGAUGAUUGCAGUUAUCUCCUCUCUGGUCCCCUGGGCCCCCUCGCCCUUCUCUACCUGCACAAAACUUUAGAGUCCCCUGGGCUUUGGGUCUGGGUGACCUGGGCUCCCUGACCCUGAUGGGUCCACUGGGGGUGCUGCAUGAAGGCUCCUCCAACAGGCAGAGAGUUUGGCUGCACCAAAAGGAGCACACCAGUUGCCUGGAUCCUGGCACCAUCCUCUCGGGGUGACCUGCCGGCCCCAGAUCCUCCCUGAAACCUCAGUUUCCGACACAUGAGGAAUGAGGCUCUCUGAGGCCCUGGGUCAGGCCCGCACGCUGAAGGGCUCUUCCUUUCCCUUCCCGGAUCGAUGCUGCUUCAGUGCUGAGGCCUGGGGCUGUUCCGAUUCCCUAGUGAGGCCCAGUGCAGAAAGUGAGCUGGAGCUUGGCGACCACAGCUCUGGGCCAGGGCAGGGCCCGAGGCUGUGUACUGUACAACCCCAGGGUGCCAUUCCCAACCUACUCAGCCGUGCACAGCAAUGGCAACUGCUGAGGCCUCUUGCCUCUCCUUGCUGCCUGCGGGCUCCGUGGGGAGGGAUCCGCAGCAUGUAUGGCAAGUAUGGUUUGGGAUGCCCGGGGCCCAGAUGGGAGCUGCUCCUGCAGACACCAGCAACGUUGUUUUGUGAACCUACUGGCCAGCUGGAAAGUGUUUGAAAGGGUGGUGCGGCCUCCUUCCAUCACACACACAUAAGCACAUACAGACCCACACAUACACGUGCACACACACCUAAGAUGUACACAAACACAUACACGCCCUAAACACACACACAACAGUGUACGUCGUAUUACACAGUAGUGCAAAAGAGCAGCCCCUGAUGCGUGCACCAACGUGAAGGGGCCUCACAGUCACAAAUGGAGACGUGCUCGAGUUCUAGGAUAGACAUGACUCUGUGGGGAUAGAAGUCAGGCUAGGGGUUGCCUGUGGGAGCAGGUGGGCCAGUAACUGAGUGUUGGGGGCAGAACUGGGCGGAUUUGGGCUCAGAGAACAGGCAGCACCUGGAUCUGGAGGGAUGGCCCGACGAGGAGAGGUUUUGGGUCCACGUGUCCUGCCCAGCAAAGAACAGGUUUUUAUCAGUGUAUGCAUUGCACACACACACGGGACAGCUCAGUGAGGAAAAAAGAUAGAUAGAUAUGUACAUAGAUAGACAGACAGACAGACAGACAGAAAAAGCAGACACAGAGGCAGAUAGGUAAAGUGACAGAACAAAAAACAUACAGCCUGAUAGAUGGACCAAGAGAUAGCAUCAGAAGGACGGACACAUAAACAGAUAUAUUAACAAAAGGACAGACAGAAAGACAGAUGGACGACACAUAGAGACAGACGGGCAGGAAUAUGGAUCGAGAGAUACAGGUGGACUAACAGACAAGUGAGGCAGACAGACAGACAGUAAAACAGACGGACAGGUAGACACGUACACACACAUCUGUACAUAGAGUCAUACACACACACAUGUAGAGACAGAGAGAGACGCACAGCCAGUGGAACAGAGGGGCAGACAGCAUUUUUUUCCUCUUUUUUUUUUUUCUGCCUUUGAAUAGAGUUCCUCUACUGGGGCCUCUGGGGACGAGGCCCUGUGUGGGGCACGGGGCCCGAGAAAGCCACUCCCACAAGAGGCGCCAUUAUAAGCUGACUGUUAACUGGGAGCCUUGGAUUCUGGGUGAAACGUUUUGAUGGCUUCGAAUGAUGUGAAGGGCAAAACAGGGUAGAUCUGACAUCUCGUAUGGCAUCAGAAUGCUUUCUGCUCUUUGAAUAUUUGACUAAGGAUAUACAUCAAGAAUUGUCAUAUUUUUAUUUUAUUUGUGCUUGUUUUGUGUUUAAGAGGAAACAUCCAGAAAAAUUCUACCCUGAAGCCUUUUUCCUGGAAUAUAUCUACUGGAACCAGCAGAGGGCAGGAAAUCAUUAGUCACUAGAUGGUGUUGCUUGGUCUGUGGACAGUAAAGUCAAGGGUUUCUUGAGCACUUGGUUAAUUAACUCCAGGAGCUGCGCACAGCCACCUACCCUUAAUGGACGUGCCGAGUCGUCAGUAUUUAUAGCGCUCAGCGUUUGUGCUCUUUCUCAGCAAUGAGAUAUCAGACGACGCAGCUGUUCUUCAGAGCAGGGUGGAAAAUCAACAAAUAUCCACUCAGUAUUAACUUUAUGGAUGGUCCAAUGGGGUUAUAUUGGAUAGAAUAAAGAACAACCCAGAAUGAAUAUCCUACUGAGAUUACCAACUUUAAGCUUAUUCUUUUUCCUUUAUAUUGCAUUACUUACUAAAUUCUGCAUUCACAGAAAUAAGUUGGCUGUUCAGAAAGAACGACUUUUGGAAGAUAAGGAAUCAAAGUGUAUCUGAGCUCGUUACAAUUGACGACCCCCCAGCAAUGUGGUCUCUUCAUCCAAUUGCUGGCAACAAUUAGACAGGUACUCAUCAGUAUUUACAGGUGACCUCUCACCCCUCCACCGCCUCCCCCCCACCCCCGUCAUCUCUAAUGUAAUUUGCAAUUAUAAAUGCAUCCUUAAGUUUUUACGACUUUGGAAUAAGUAGGGAUAGGCUGAUCUUAUCAUACGAAUAAGAUCAAGCAUGUUUCUCUUUGAACACGGAAAUUACGAAACAGAAGUAUUCCCGUUACAAUUAGCUUAGAGUCAAUAAAGUCUGCUGGAAUACUGAUGAAUGUGAAGAGUUAAGAAACAAACAGGAGGACUCAAGCUAGAACAACGAGCAGACAAUACGGUGCUUCAGGUAAAGGAAGGCACUCCGUGCCCUCUUAAUGAACCUCACCCUGUCCCAAAGCUAGCCACACUUGCAUUCUCUAUUGGGCUUUGCCAGUUUCUCGACCUCCAAGCAAUGCAAACACACAUUAGGUACUUUUUUAUAUCUAGCUUUUCCACUCAAGGUUAUGUCUGUGAAACUCAUCCAUAUUAUUUCGUGCAGGAAUCACUCAUUUCAUCAUUGCUAUGCACUAUUGUUUGAAUACAUCAAAAUAUAUGUGUCUGUUCGAUUACUGGCAUAAAAUUUUUAAUUAAUUUUUCUAGCUUUUGCGUACUUGCACGUCUUUUCUUGGACAUAAGCCAUAGUCUCUGUCGGGCUGUGUCAGAGGGGGUACGUAUGUAUGCUCAGCUGUAUAAAUACUGCCAAGCAGUUUUCCAAAGUUGCUGUACUAAUUUACACUCCCAUCAGCGAUGCUUAUCUUGCCAGUUUUAAAAUAUUUUAUUUAGUCUGUUUAAUUUUAGUCAUUCUGAUGUGUGUGCUGUGUAUGACAUAUUCAUUUGAAUUUCCUGAACAGUAAUGUUGUAGGAUUGGCUGUCCGAGGCUUCUAAGCCAUUUGGAUAUCAUCUUUUCUGAAGGGCUUGUUCAAACUUUUGAUUAUUUUUAAUUGGGCUCUCUUUAAAAAGAAAAUUGAUUUGUAGCAGUUCUUUAGACGUUCUGGGUAUGAAUCCUCUAUGGGAUAAAUGCAUUGCAAAUGCAUCGUUCCCGUUUGUGUCUAUUGUUUUUACCUAAAGUUCUUAAUCUUAACAAAGUCCAAUUUAGCAAUCUUUUACUUUAUGGUUAUUGCAUUUUUUGGGGUCCCAUUGGAGAACGCUUUUCUGACACCAAAUUCACAGAUGCUGUAACAGAAAGAAGACGCACUCCUAUGUUUUCUUCGAGAACCUCUGUAAUCCCACCUUUCGCCUGGGCAGGACCUUCUCCAAGGUCUGCGUCCCGGCUCUGCCAGGUGACGGCCCUUCCCCAAGGGCAUGGCCUCUGCGAGCCCGAGCCCUGUCCUUUGUUUCUGCGGCCUCGCGGGCGGCGCCAGCUCCCCGAGUGUGGCCUUUCUUGUCUCGGGUCCCCGCUGCGUGCUUCCCCAGCUCCCUACGUGCCCUGGUCUCUGUUAGACUAACUGGUACGGUUUCUGUUUUCCCAACUGGACAAUGACGAAACGAUUACUAACCUGGAAAAUGUAAACUAAAGCUACUUGCACUUCUCGUUACCUGUCUGAUGGGUAACAACUGAGAAGGUCAGCAAUAUCCAGGGGUGGUCAAACCAUGGGUAAAUAUAUAUACUUCUACGCUAUUUUGAGUACAUAUGAGUGCUAUUUUUUGAGGAGCCAUUUGGCGGUACAUAGUAAUAUUACAAUGUGUAUGGAUUUGACCCGUAAAUUUUCCUUCAUGCCACCCCUGCCUCUAGAGAAAGACGCUCACCUGAGUAGGAAGACUCUUACUGGCAUGAUCACCUACACGUGGUUUGGAUGUAAAUCGUCAUAACAGGACAGUUGUCAUACUGGCACCUCCGAUGUACAACAUGAGGUCGAUCUAUACGGCCCGAACAGGGCAGAUAGGGUAUGAAAGUGUUGAUCUGUACAGAGAAGCAUGUGGUAUAGUUGUAUAAAAUUAUGGCCCACAAAUGAUCUUGUCCUGCUGAGGGUUCCAGGCACUAAACUCUCAGUUCAGUAGAUGAGUGGUGCCCUAGGUCAUCUGAUGUUUGUAGGGGACCGGGGCUCUCGUGGGGGUGCUGCUGGACCAGGGGACCACCCAGCUGUGUGGUCCCUGCAGCACGGCCGCUGGCCAAGCCCGUAAAUUCAACACUGCUCAGAAUCUUUCCUUGGUUGUUCUGGUCGUCCUAAUCAUGCCGUGAGCAAGUAUGUCCCCGGGUAGUCUGAGGGCUGGGGCACAGGAUAAGGAGGCUGCUGAAGGCCCAGCAGGCCGUGCACAGCGGCCUCCGUGGAUAGCUGGCAACACGGAGAGGUUUGCCUCCCAGCGUGGUUGCCCCGCUGCCGCUUCUGUGAUUAUGUCAUUUUACAGAGCGAAGGGAUUUUGCGGAUGUCACUAAAGUUCCUGAUCAAUGACCUUUGGAGGGAUAAGACCCCAGUGGGCCUAAUCUCAUCACACGAGCCCUUGCGAACUGACUGCUUUCUCUGGCUACAGGCACAAGGGCAAGUCCGGGGCGUCCGGAGCUCAGCUGAGAGGGAGCUGAGCUGUUAGGUGUAAGUGAUUAAAGCCACAAGCCACAAAUGGAAGCGCUAAAGCUUUAAUCACUUACUGUGAUGAACGACGCAAGCAUCUACAGCUGUUCCAUUUUCCCCCAGGAAGUGGUGCGCCUGUUGAGGGCUAGGUAGAGCAGAGCCGCGUGGGGGUCGUCUUACUGCAGGGGGGAGCUCAGCAAAAGGCUCUGUCGGUUCUACGGACCCAAGGCUGAGGGUAGGUGUGAGGGGGUGGGCUCGGAGUGGAAACGUCCUGGGUACCAAGUCAGAGUGGGGAAAGUGCCUUCAAGGUUUCCCCUCCUCCCCGAAGGAGGCCUCACAGAGGCGCCUGGAGAAGACCCCUGUCCGAGGCUUCAGAUAAAGGGACCUGGGAAUGGAGGUGCUGGGGCUAGAAAUGUACAUUUGUGAGGAGCACUGCCAGCCAGGGGGCCUGAGCUCCUUGACUGUGGAGGGGAGCAAAAUCUGUCAUCCCAGAAUGUGUCUCUCUGGCAUGAGGAUUCAUUUAGGCUGAUUAUUUUAAGAAACAGAAGACUCAGGAAGUGUUUUUUUUUUUUUUUUUUUACCUCCCUCUUAGCUGCCUGUAGAAUUUAGAUAAAGGGUCUGUUCCUGGAACAGAGCUGUCACCAGAGAAAUCUGCAAAGAACGUGGGUUAUGUGUGGUGGGGAAACUCAGCAGAGCCUGGAGACCAGUGUCCAGUCUGCGUCCCACUUUCUCUGCAGGGCCCAGGAAACGGCGAUUUACCAAACAUCUGCAUGUCUGUCACCGGGUGAACUGUCUGCGUUCCCUUUGAAGCCCCAAAUCCCUACCCAACAUCCUCUAUGGUCUUAAGCUGAAGAUGGUAUUUAAGGUGAAGGUUUGGCCAUUGGCGAGUUACUCAGUUUCCCUGGGUCUCUCCCAUGGAUACAUGUUAUUAAAGUUUGUUUGAUUUUCUCUUGUUA